AUGCGAUUGAUCAAGGCAGACACAAUUCAAAUAUAUGAAUUUCCAGACGUCAAAACGGCUCCAGCCUUCGCCAUACUGUCCCAUACAUGGAGCGAUCAAGAGUGUAGUCUUCGAGAUAUGGACGACCCCGGAGCUAAAUCAAAAACUGGAUAUAUGAAGAUUAAGUAUUGUUGUGAACAGGCUCUAAAAGAUGGAUUCGAGUGGGCCUGGGUUGAUACCUGUUGUAUUGAUAAAACUAGCUCUGCAGAGUUAUCGGAAGCCAUAAACUCAAUGUUCCGAUGGUAUCGAACCGCAGCAAUAUGUUACGCUUAUCUUUCCGACGUAGCUAAUCUAUCCGAAUUAGAGCGAAGCAGGUGGUUUACUCGAGGUUGGACAUUGCAGGAACUCGUUGCGCCAAGGGAAAUUGUAUUCUAUUCUUCCGAUUGGACCUUACUUGGUUCGAAGCUUAAGAUAUCAGAUAAGCUUUGUAAGAUCACCAAUAUCGAUGCAGAAGUACUAGCGACCGGUGCUUUCCACCAUGUCAGCAUCGCAGGAAGAAUGUCUUGGGCAGCAAGUCGACAGACAACUCGUGUCGAAGACCUAGCAUAUUGCCUCAUGGGAAUCUUCGACAUCAAUAUGCCCCUUCUAUAUGGAGAAGGCAAAAAGUCUUUUAUCCGACUCCAAGAAGAGAUCUUAAGAGUGUCUGACGAUUCCUCACUUUUUGCUUGGGGCCUUCCAGCAAACAUCCGGUCCGGACACGAUUUUUUUGCAACUCAAGACUAUGCAGACGGAUCAAAAUUGCGUGGCUUAUUUGCGGAAUCACCUGCAGCUUUCAAACAAUGUCAUCGGAUCCAACCGUUGGAAAAUUGGAAGACACCGGCUGAAGCAAUUGAAACGAAGGGCGGCGUAGAGAUUACUCUACCGGUAUUUGAGAGUGGCCUACAUCUAGCUGCCGCGAUGCCUUUCACCUUGGAUGAACUGUAUGACAGCUAUCUUUGUAUUCCUCUCAUGCGGGGCAGUAACAGUCGUGUUGCCCGCUGGGGCGAGCUAGUUCAGAUUCCCGUGUCUGGCCACAGCUUGGAGGACAUUCGAGUAGCGAAGUGGUCGACAGAACGUCUUCUUAUAUCACCGCCAGUGUCAGUCCGCAUGCAGCCACAAGCGGCGGUCAAACAUUUUGAUAUCUCAGGAAUGUCAAGGCCUAAAGAUAACCUGAACUAUAUCCUUGAAGAGGUUUAUUGUCUCCCGCAUGCUCGAUACUCAGCAGAAGAUGGAGAGGUCACGCUGUCAGAAAUGAAAGAAGGGCCGCACGCUGUAUUGUUCUUCACACAGAAUUUCAAGAGCCAAGAAAUCGCUGAAUUAAAUUCGGGGAAAAACAAGGCAGAAGUCAAGAGUAAGUUGCAUCAGGAGGGAAGCCAAAGAUAUGGCCGCACGGGCUCGGAAAUCGCAGGGAUAAAGGGACUCAGAGUCGUCGAACUGAAUUCGAGACAACCGAGAUUUGCAGUUCUCCUUGGUAGAAACAAUACUGCUGACUAUGGAAGCGGUUCUAGUGGUUCUUGGAUGAAGUUCAUCCACAUCCUGGAUGAGAACAAAGCAGAUGAGGAUUUUCAUUCUUUGUUACAAAGAAACGCAGAGCUGGUCCGAUAUUGCGCGACAAGAAGUCAGAUAAUAUCUGCUUUGGCACACCAAGAAGCUGAGAGGUCGUUCUUAUGGGAUAGUAGCAAGGAUACCAAAUACGGUUGCUGGAUUCAGCAUCGGGAAGAACACUUCUCGGUACAGAAGUUCGGAGGUCGAAGACUCCCAACGGCCGUAUACAAGCAUCAUAAAAACGUCCGAGAUGUAUUCGUCGAUAUUAGCUUUCAGGCGGAGUGGAGAAAUUUUAUGGAGCUGAAGAUUGUAUAUUCUAUGAAAAUCUAUGCCGAGGAAGACCGAUGGAAGAAGCGCUCUCCGAGGGUGGAUAACCAGCCUAGCAAAUCCAUAGCUAGGAUGGGCAUGUACUGGUUAUUGAGGUAA